AUGGGUAACUUUGCGAACAUCCAUUUUUGUUCUUGCUUAUUCCGCGUUAGCUUGUCAAGAUUUUUCAUUCUCCAAGCCACAGAACCCCUCCGGGAGCAAUCCCUUCGACGCGCGCGACCUACUUCUGUGCAUGCGCCUUUAAUUGGAUUUAUUUCCAAACGAUUUGCCAUUCUCCAAUCUACAAUAAUUUCGUGAAAACGGCUGGGGGAAAAGUCAAAUGAAGUGGUCUAUCUUGAUAAUUCGCAAUAAUCAAGACGGAGUAUGAGAAUAAAAUCAAUGAACACCGAAAAAACAAAACAAAAAAAAAAUACACACUGCACCAAAAAGACGCCAUCAUUUUUUUUUGGCAAAUGAGAGCAUUUUCCAAGGCGAACGUUCGCAUUACCAUUUACCGCUUAUUGAAUACGAAAAUGACAUUCGCCGGUGAAUGCAUUUUCCUCGGUGAAAGUUUUUUGCAUACGGCUUCAAAAUAUUUUGAAUGUCAAACAGCUAACUCCACGUCCAAGGCUGCAAUAUCUUUCGCGUCAAUGUUUCAUGUACAGAUGACGAUGACCCUCUAAUAAGGCUGCAUUUUUGACUUUUUUUUAUCUUUUAAAUCAAAGAAGAUCAACGAUAAAACAUCGACGCGAAAAGGUACUGUCUCAGCAGGGGCGGAGUUAGCUAUUUGACUUUCAAAAUCUGAACAAACUUUAUUCAUUUCCUGCGUUCCCUUGAAUUCCUCAACCUAAUUUUGAACGCAGAAUUUAUUUUAAAAUUUUGCAUUCGAAAAUCUUUUUGAAAAAUUUUUGGUCGAAUCGUUCUAUGAUCAUAUGAACGCAAAUUCGCAAUAUUUAUUGGUCCUCAUUUGAUUUGAACCUUAAUUCGAAGAGUUUGAAAAACAAAAUAUGACAUGAAUUAUGAGAAUUAAUAUUUUUCUCAGUCUUCCGGCCUUGGAUGACAUGGGGUUUUUUGUGUUGAUUUCUCGAAAUUUGCCUUUUCAGCGUGGAACAAAGCUCGUCUGAAAAGACAGCUUGUCGUCGUAUGCGGAAUCCUUUUUUGCGCGUUGUCAACCGCUUCCGCCCAAUGUGAGUUUUUUUUUUCAAUGAAUUAAAGUACAGGGUGGCCCAAAUGUAUUGUCGCAUAUAAAAAUAAAAGUAAACUUGUGCAGACACAAUGGAUUUUGAUGGAGGAUAAAGAUGGAGGAUUACGAGCUUACAGCUUUUGAGAUGUUUACUUUCUUCCAAAACGUCAGCGAAAAAUGACCUUCCUGAAGCUUUUUUACGUUUAUGCUUCUAGAUUUCCUUUGGGUAAGCCCACUGGAUUGAAAGUUGGCAUGAGAGAUGAUGAGAGGUUUCUAAAAAUAUUUAUCACUUUAAUUUAUCUGUGUUACACUUCUGGCUCGAUUACCAUCAAGAAAUCGUCGGCAGACCCACACGACAUGAUCGAACUUAAAAAAAUCCUCAUAAGUCAGCUUCCCAAACGUUUCGAUUACUCAUCUUUCGCAAUAUACACCUUUCAUCAAUGAGGCACAUAAGGAAAAAAGAAUUAUAAAAUUUUAUUUUACGAGAGAGAAGAAAUUUUUUUUCGCAACGGACUUUUUGAGCUGCGUGCCAGCAAUGUCAAUUUUUCGUCUGUGUCAGCCAGACAAAACUUGCUGCUAUUUGUGUGUACCUCAGCCGAUUUAGGUGAAAUUUUCGGGAAACCUAGAAAAAGGGACUAGAAUGCUACAACAGAAGUAACUUUCGUCCAAAACUUUUUUCACUUACUAAAAUAACCUGUUUAUUUUAUGCGACAAUACUUUUGGACCACCCUGUAAUUUGAAUGAUGAUUACAAGUUUUUGAUAACACCUGGCAAAUGACUACCUUAAUUGAUGUUUCUAGAUAAAUGUUGCCCGGGUUCGAUGUGGUCUUAUCCAUCUGGGGAUGCUGUUCCCCCUGGAUGCGAUGAUUCUAAAGUCAGUUGCACGGAAGGCUCUGUUCACGUUGAACAACCUUCUACGGAAUCAACAAUAGUUCCGAAUUUUUUGUCACGAGCUACAAAAACCGGAGCCAUCAUUAUAAUCGACAACGCGGGUGUAACAUUAAGAAUGCGCAAACUGAAAAAGAUUGUUCACAAAGGACUAGGUACGACUUUUAUUCAAUAAAAAUAUUCAGUGUUUUAAAACCUUCGAAGACUAUAGUCUGUGUACCACGAUUUGGAAUUUCACCGAACGAUAUUCCGCUGUUCCGCUGCGCGCCUUUGCGAACCUUUGUUUUUUCAUUUUAUUUAACAACUCGACCAACACGUGUUCCUAGUGAAACAGUCCAUCUAUCCGAAAUGAGAACCAUUUCAAAGCGAGACCGAGGCUCAGAAAGACGCUUCGCGACGCAGCGGAACAGCGGAAUGUCGUUCGGUGAAAUUUCAAUUCGUGGCACACAGACUAUAUAUGUAAAAAGAAAAGAGGAUCCUCGAAGGUUCACGGCGUUCUUUUCAGUGGAAGAAAAUGCAGACAAAAAAAAAUACCAGGGGCGGGCGCCUUAAAUCGUACGACUACCGUAGUUUUGAUCUGUUCAGGACCCGUUUUUUUUUUCUAAAUUUCUGCGUUCCAUCCAUUAUUUGUUUUCCUGAAGCUAGGUUUUCAAGAUUUCAAACGAUUUAUUUUGUUGUUUUGGUCUGAUGUAAUCGACUAGGCGGUACCGUAUGUUCUUAAAACGAGUUUAUCCCGUUUUCCAAAGAUUUGAAGUGGUUUUCGACUGUUUUUGUGUUUCACCGCGGUGAACAAGAAUUUUAAAAGCUAUAACGAACAACCACUUUUGGGGAACUAGAAGUCCAAACGUGUACUCGAAAGAGUUGAAAGCAUGGUCUUACGGUCCUUCGCCUCGUCCUUCUGCGCGUAGUCCAUCCAGUUGCGCCUUGACGAGCUCAGAAUGUAGCGGAUGUUGAGCUGGAGCCCGGAGACCGUGCUCUAGGUGGAAGCCUCAGAAUGAGAGCGAUCACUUCGAGUGAAGAUUUUACACGGAAUAUUUAAAAAAAUGAAAUGCUUCUCGAAUAUUCCUUAUUACACUCUUUUUUUAUAUUUAUACUUGCUUUUUUUCAAUGGGAGCUGAUUCACCUUCAUAAUAUUUUUUAAAUUUUCUAAUCAGUAAUUUAGAGUUUUCCCCUCUCAAAAAGGUUCCUCAAUGUUUUUUUAACGUAAGUGAAUGUUUUUUAACAUCACUUUCUUCAAACUGGCAAGAUUUCAAACAUUUCAGGAACUGUUAUCCUAAAACUGCGAAUUCAUAAAUUGAAUAAAAAAAUUUCGAGUAUGCGAUAGUGCGUCUCGGUGUGUUUACACCCUAAGCAUCAUAAUUUACGAGAAGUCUUACCACUAAAUUUUAGCCAUUCAAGAGGUUAUAACCAGUAACGUUACUAACUCGAUUACUAUGGUGGCCACUAAAACGUCGAAACCCUAAAGUGGUCAUUCAAAAUGUUCUCAGCUUCUUCUACCUCGAGUUGCAAGCCAAAAUCCGCGUCCCAACGCUUCACUCAUGUUAGUUUUGCAGGUCCGGCUGUUCACUUAAAAAAUUCCAAGUUGGUCGAUGACGAAUCAUUUAACAGUCUGGAAAUAAUAGAAGUGGAUGAUCCUUAUGUAUAUUGCAAAAAUCGGGACCUUCUGCUUUUCGAAGGAAAUGUCUCAAAGGAAGUGAGAAACCUGCUGGAAAAAGUAGCAAAUAAGGUGAUUAUUUUUUCCACAGUCUUGAACUUGAAAUUAAAAUGAAUUGAGUUUUUGAACGAACUGAAAAAAGCUUUUGCCGCAAGUAUAAUGUUUUGAAGUGUCGUGUUUGUUCUGCGGUUGACUUUAUGUCGACCUUAAGUCCCGAAAUGACUUGCUUUGAAAGUUCUUCAUUCCGAACGCGUUUUUUAGUUGGACGCUACUUCGAAAAACUUUGAAACUUCUAUGAAUCUUUCCAUUGAACUUACGACCAAAUACUCCAAAAAAGCGAAAUAAAACCAAAUUUGGAUUUCUUUUCUAUUCAGACUCUCGAAAAUUGUACCACGACAGCAGCACCAACAACAGUGCCAACCACACAACCAACAACAGAACUAACAUCAGAACCAGUCAUCACGACUACGACGACUUUCAACACCACCAUCGGCAUUGUGGCAAACUCUCAGCAAUGCGGGCAAAAUUCGUCAGCCGCUGCCUCAGCGCGAGCUCAAGCCAACGCCGAUCGGAAAGACUGCCCUAGCUAUUGCAGCAGUAUUUAUAAUAGUUUUUUGGGCGUCUAACAUAGUUAUUUGCAGCCGGGAUGCUCAUCACAGCGAUAAUAAUUAUCGUUGUGCUUUUGAUCCUACUGGCCAUCUCGACGUUUGCCGCUCUCAGAUUGUUUUUCUUCAGGAAAAACGAGGACGCCGAAAUCGCCAAUCACUGUAUGAUCAUUUCCAUAAGUCUUUGUGUACUUUAUUAAAAUUUCGAUAUUUUCCUAAUCAGAGAUCAUUGGACAGCCAUAGUGUAGAUACCUAUUUGUGAGAACAUUUGCAAUGUUAGGCACAUUGGAUCAUUGGAUUAUCUCUUUUUUGGAAGUUUUACAAGAAGUUUGAAAAGCGAAAAUCGUAUAAAUACCGUUUUUUCGUUUUUCCCGCUUUGCUCACUCCGAGUUUAGAACUUUUUCAAAACUGGAUUACUGGAUAAGCCUUUCCAUCACUCCUCGAAAUAUAGAUACUCAUUGGGAAUAGGAGUUUUGAGAAGGACAAAAAAAAGGUGAAAACCAAAAUCUCCCGAAAAUGUUUACCCCUCCUAUCCGAUGAUGGUUCUCGCUUGUGUAUACAGUUAUCUCAAAAACUUUUCUUGGAGGUGAAAGCAGUGUACUAAGGUAUCACUUCAGUGAGAAUGUUCAAUCACUUCAACAUCCCAGAGCAAUGAAAAAAUUCCAUAGACUUAUCUUCAUUUAUUCGGCCUUGAACGCUCAAAUACGUUUUCUUCAAACCUCGACCCCUUGCAUCCAAGCAAACUUUUGAAGUCAAUUGUUUUACAAAAUAAGACAUGAGACCCUCAACUACAUCAAGAGAGAAAACGUGACCUCUCAAUAAAUUGUCUGAGCCCCCUACACACCGAGAGACGAACAUUUGGAAAAACUAUCCUUUCGAUCUGCCUCAGCUGGCCUAGCUCAUUACAAGUAGUUCUUGUUUGAAGUCAGGUAAAUUAUGGGCCUUAGGACUAUAACCGCGCAAAGCUUCACCGAGCCUUGACGUGUUAUUUAGAUGUGUGUAGAACCGACAUUGCUCUUGGAUCUUUAUUAAAGCAACUCAGCACCGCCACUUAAAAUUUUCUAAAUUUUUUCUUCUUUUUGGGCUGCGCCUAUUCCGCCAGGUUAUUUUUUCAACGUGUAGUGGUUGCAUCCCUAUUAGAGUUCUCAAAACCAAACGUUUGAACGAACGUUCAACCAAACAUUUUUCAAACUUUGACCUUUGAUUGAAAUUUCGAAAUCGAACGUUUGAUCGCAAGGAACAUUCAUUAAAUAUUUGAAAAAGUUUGAUCAAAAAAACAAACGUUCGUUUUCGUUUGAAAAACUUUUGAUCGAAAAACCAAACGUUCGUUUAUCGCUUGGAAAAAGUUUGAUCGAAAAAACAAACGUUUGUUCUCGUUUGAAAAAAAGUUUGGUCAAAAUAACAAACGUUUGUUUUUUUCGGUCGGAAAAACGCUUGAUCAUAACUUGAACGAUUUGAAUGUGACCUUUUUCGAUCAAUGUUUAAAAAAAUGAAAUUUUUUUCGAAAUGUUGAAAACAAACUUUUUCAUGUUUUCAAACUUUCAUUUUUUUCAAACGUUUGGUUUUGAGAACUCUAAUCCCUAUAUAUAACUAUAAUUACCCUAGAGUAGUUGAAAUUAUCCGUAAUGGAGAAUAAUUCGUCUUGCAGAAGCAUAUUGAACACGGGUUGGUCACAUUGCUCAAAGCGCAACUGGCGGGCAGUAGGGAGAGAUGAAUAAAUAAUGUGUCCAAUCGCUAGAUCACUAAUGUGGCCAUCAAGGGACAGAAGCUCGCUGACCCAUGAUUUUCCAUUGAAAUGAAAAAAACGGAAAUUUUCAAAAAUCAAAAGUGCACAAAGACUUAUGGAACACCCUAAUAUUUCGAUUUAGUUUUCCGUUUACAGUCAAUCCUUCCCGAAGAAAGGAGAAAUAGAUAGAUCUCUUUCUGAAGAUCAGGACAUGUGAAGUCUUAGAUUCCCAAAGCAAAAAAAAAAAAUGACAACAAGCUUGAAAAAUUUUGUUUUCUUGUUGCAAAAUCUAACUAUCGAAUUUAGCUGUUUAAGCAAAUUUUGUUCGAAAUCUAUAAAAGAAAUAUAUUAAAUACUCGAAAGUUACACUAACGAUAACUGCCGAGUCUGGGAAGAGAAAAAUGCUAGGUCGGUGGCGGUACAUUAACGAUAUCGCAAACAAUUCGCUCUGUCUUCGCGCGAGUUACACAUUUUUCUCGCUUUACUCACGCAGCUGGAAAAGUUCCGAAAUGCGAGGUCGCGUCCCGAGAAAAAUGCGAGAUCCGCGCGAGGAGAGAGCGAGAUGUUUGCGAACUCGUCAAUGGGCCUCGCGUUUAUCUCGGCAGUUAUUCUUAAUGAAUGUGCUUUUGAAAUGUUUCUUUGAUACUCUCAUGUGUGAUUUUUUCAGUGUCUUAUGUCACACAAAUAUUUAAUUUGAUGAUGUACAUCCAAUCUGGCAGAGAUAAGGCUAUGCGUUAGUUGAUAAAUUCGUAUCGUUUUUUUUCAUUCAGAGCUUUUGCAGUCAACUCGUCAAUGAUGGAUGGCCUGUCUGCGAAGCGUUCGACACUGUGUAAGUAUAAUUUAUCGAACAGCUAUGUAUUAGAGCUCUCAAAAUGACCGAUUGAAAAGAAUGACAUUUUUCAAAAACGAAAAAUUUUCUGUUUGACAUUUCAAACGAAUGUCGUUUUUAAAAGAUAAAUCAAAAUUGAUCAUUUUCAUUCUUUUCAUUUUGUGACUUUUCAAAUAAUGACUGAAAAAUAAAUGGUCAUUUUUUUUCAUCAUAAUCUGACUAGUAAAACAUUUUCGCCUUAAUGACCAAAAUUUUCAGAGUGAAAAGUGAAUUUUUACCUUUUUGAACAAACUUUUUUUUUUGUUCAAUUGUGAAAUUUAAGACUUAAGUUUUUUCGAACCGGGAUUUUCCGAAUCGAAAUCUGAAUCGAUACUUUUCCGAAUCGUACUUUUUCGAAUCAGGUGUAUACUUUUCCGAACCCAAACUUAUUAUUUACGACUCGUAACUCAAUUGAUUCUCCAGAUAGCACCUUUCUUUCGAUCUGCUCAUUUUUGACCAGUUCCAUAUAAUUUUUCUCGCCCUUUAACCGGCUUUUAGCUUUGCCCUUGACCAUCCAGCUGGAUUUUUUUUCCCAAUUUUUUUUCUUUAGUGCAAGAGGUGACGGAAGUACACUACCUGGCGCUAAGACGGAAGAUCAAAUUUGAACAAAAUAAGCCUCUGGACCCGAAAACAGAUUUCAAUGACCCCUAUGAUAAUUACUUGCCCACGUCAAACAUUUUUGAGCUCGACACUAGACAAGAAAUGACGGCAGAUUUCAUUGAAGCGGCGCAAAAGUUUGAAACCAUCAAAAAGAUGCAUGGAGUCGGCAAGGAGUUCGAGCCGCCGGCGGGAACUAAGAUUUGGUCGGACUUGCGCAUGAAAGACGCAGAUAAGAUGGAACUGGCCAAACUGGCCGAACAGCCAUUAGUCGAGAGAAAACCAAAACCCCAAAAGCCAAAAGGUCCCCCGAAGAUUCCAAAGAGGCGGCUAAAAGGAGGUGCCGAUCCGCCUUCCAGAGGAACCACCAGCGUCAUCAAAACCGAACAGCCAAAAAAGAAGGAAGACCCCAAAAAAGAAGGGACGAGAAAGGAAGACCCGAAAAUGGAAGGGGUGAAAAAUGAAGGCACAAAAAAGGAGGACCCAAAGAAAGGCGAAGCGGAGAAGAAAGAUGGAGCAAGAAAGGUCGUAGACGCUGCAAAUAUCGUUGUACGAGUCCUGAAAGAAGAUAAGCCGAAAGAAACAUUCAAAAUGCCGCUCCAAGCGCUAGAACUCAAAAACUGUCACCCGCUAUCUCUGACGGAACCAGUCAAUAUGAUCUAUGGCACGUGCAAGAGUAAAUCCAAGAUUUUGAGUGAGUUUUUUUUUCCAUCAGCUCAUAGUUGAAAUUUUUAUUCUCUUUUCUGAUUCAGCUCAUUACUUCACGCUGAUUCCAAUUAUGAGUGUGAAAAACACGCUUCAAAAAAAAUUUUUUAGAAGAAAUGGGUAUUUCAGGAGAUACUUUCUCAGUAAUGAUGUUGGUGACCGACAAGCUACAGCGUUACUACCAAGUUCAUGGGAAAGGUUUAGAGAAAGCUGAAAAAAAAGAACAUAAGUUAUUUAAAUUUAUUUCAGCCCUGGCGCUUCUGAAUCAAAACGCGAACAUGGUAGAGAUCAAAAUCAUCGAGAAAGUGAGAAACUACGCUUCUCAUGAUAAGAGCCUUUCGUCUUAUCCCGACUUUCCGUAUGAUGCGCCGAUGAGGGUAAAGAAUCCCACAUUCAAAAUGGUUCCCACGCAAGCUGUUGGUGAGUUUUCACAGGGAUCGAAAAUUAUAUGUUACAGUACUGGCCAUAAAGGUAUUUCAAAGUGGUUAUUCGAGCAUAACUUCUCUGAAAGUGGCUCAAAUGACUUGAAACUUAGCACAUAUUUCAAACAGCUAUACAGUUACUUAUUUUCAGAGAUAGAACUGAUUUGCUUGAGUCAGACCAGAUUUGUGAGCAAAAACCAAAAAUCGUGAAAAUGGAAACUUUUCUCUCUAGAUUCGAAAAAUAAUAUUUUCAAAGAAACGUCGGUUUUCAAUCAGAAACUUUUUUUGCCUUGUGAAACAAGUCUUCAGCUUUUCUAAAAACCUAACCAGCCCUUUACCAACCCGAUAGUAAGAGCGUAGUGACUUUUUCUUCGGAAGGCCCUUCAGUUUUGACGCCUCGUCAUCCAAAUGGACUAUACGAUGUCUAUUCUGUCAAACAGUUUGAGAACACCUCGAUUUAUGUUGAAAAACUUCAAAACACCUUCAAGAGUAGUUUUACACUGUUUUCCUCUGCUUUAUCACUUUAUCCGCUCUCCAGAAUUUACUAACUUCACUAGGACCGAUUUCGAACCUCUGGUUUGAGUUUAAGCUCGUUUUUCAAAAUCAGAACAGUCAUGUUAACAGAUAGCUGAUGAUGACAGUGGGAAAAUCGCUGUUUGAACUCAAAUUCAAAAAAAGUUAUACACCAAGAAACUUUCAAACGCAAAAAAAGAAAGAAACUUACUAGUUAGUAAACGACCCAACAGAUAGAAAAACCGUUUUUUUGGUGGGGUUCAGUUAAUGCUCUUUCUCAAAGACAAAGAAAACAGAAUCAAUUUCAUAAAAUUAUGCGUUUUUUUUAUUCACUUUUUCAGAGAAAGGGGUCUGCUAUAGUCUGUUCAGAUUUUGAAUGUCAAGUGCAAUGACGUCAUUCAAAAACACUCUGUGGAUGGCUCGCUCUCUGAUUGGUUUAUCGCACCAUUAUGGGCGGAGCUUGAGCGACGACUUAAAAUUCAAAAUCUGAACAGACUAUAACUUUAAAAAUAAAUAGAGAAGAAAAUUUGUUUCGGAAUUUAUUUUCAAAAGGGCAGAAAAAAGGGAAUUUCAACACUUUGAACGGUAUUUUUUGUACAAUUCUCAAAAUUUCAUCAACUUUUUCGAAGGAAAAAUGUACAAAAAUGAACAACAAGGGAUCGAACCUGCAUCAUGUUCCACAGCGCGAGGCCGCUAGCCACUACCCCACAUGGCAACAGAACUUUGCCGCCGCAACACAUUCCCUUCUUCCAUCCUAUGCAUUUUUCGCGUGCGAACUUUGAAAAGCCAUAUCUCGAUUAGAACGCAAAAGGCGCACUUUUUCAACUUUAUUGGAAUCACGGUGUCCUAAAGUACCUAUAUACCAAUUUUCAUCAAAUGCUCAACCCACCACCUUUUGCACUCCCCGAGUACGUUAUACCGAACAAACGCGAGCUGGAACUCGAAACGUGUAGACAAAACGUGUAGAAUGUGUUAUUUUAGGAAACUUUUAUGAUGCAUCUAUUAAAAUUCUUUCUUUCUUGAUAAGUUUUUAUUUUGAAGAGCAUUUGUUGCUCAUAUUUAUGGAAUUAGAGCUAUCUACGCUUCCUGUUAAAAAUAAUAAUCAUCUCAAACUUGAGAAUGUAAAAUGCGGAAAAUUGCCGGCGAUUGCCGAAAAAAAUUUCCGGUAGGUGCCGGCAUUGCCGAUUGCCGAAAAAAGCCCGCACAGCCCUGGUGUAGACGAAAGUUCGAAAAAUUAAAGAGUUGACAUAGUAAACGUUUUGUUUUUUUUUCUCAAAAUAUCAUAAUACGAUUUUUCUUCCCGUUUGGAACGCAUUUUUCAGCCUUGUACGAUGAGCUCAAAAGGCUGCGCUUUUCUGCCCUUCCGAAGGAGAAACGACUUUUGGAAUAUUUGGAGACCGAACAUGCCCAUUUGGCGAAUCUCUUGCACGCCGAAGGGCUCAACUAUUUCUACUGGCACAAGAGUUCGUUUCGCCCCUUUCUUGUCAUUUUUCGACAAUCGUGAGAAUUUCGAGAGAAACAAGAAUAACUAUUGAAGUCGCAUUACUGGAAUCCGGAAAAUUUUCCAAAAAAGGGAGAAUCGAAAUUGGUCGCGAAAAGUUUUUUUGAAAAAAAAAAAAACAAUUUCAAUUGCGGCUUGAAAAAUCUGAUGUUUGGAAAAAAAAAUGUGAUGGAAAAUCCGAAUUUCCCUGGCACAUAUCGACGUAGAGACAAACGAUACGGGCAAAUUCCAAAGGGGCUCAAAAAGAAAAGUUUGAAGCUAGGGAUCAAUAUUACUAUGGUUGGAUAGCUGCUCCAAUUCACUAUUCAUAACAGUUUAGAUUUUCAAAAAAUGGUUGAAAACAAAAAAAGUUAUGGUCAAAACAGUAGUAAAAAAAAGUUGCGAAAUAUAGUAUAGUCAAUUUUUCCCGACUUGAAAGGAGAGGGAUGCGGAGAAGGUGGCGGGACGCGUGGCGUUUGCGUACGCGGCUCUUGGCACGUGUUUAAUUCAACCGCCAGCGACUCUUUGGAGAGCUCGUUUAUCGCUCUUUUAUUAUUAUUUUUUUAAUUAUUUAUUGAUUUUUUUCAAUGUGCGCAUCAAAAAAAUAGUAGAAAAUAUAUUGAAAGAGCGGUGACCGAGCUUUUAAAAUAGUCGCUGGCGGUUGAACUGAACUCGUGCCAAGAACCGCGUACGCACACGCUACGCGUCCCGCCCCUUGCCCCGCCUCCCUCGCCUUUCAAGUCGGGAAACAUUGACUAUACUGAAAGUUUAGGUUUUACACUUUUGGUCGUUAGGCGCAGACUUGUUCUGCGCCAUUUGGGUUUAGGCUGGGUUGGAAAAAAAAGGGUUCAUUUUGUUUUCAUAUCGGAUUUAAUUUUUUUUAGUGGUUUAGUUCGGUUUUCAAAGUCAUAAUAAGUCAUUAAAACAGUAUAAAACCACAAUUUUGAAGAGAAAAGCUAUUUUUUCAUGAAAAAUAAAAAAUGGCCGCUGCGAGGAUUGAACUCGCGAUAUCAAAACUGUGAGCAAGCGCACUUGCGCUGCUCCACGUUCAUCCCUCGGAGAAGGGAGGCGUUCGCGCUAUAGACCACUUCACCUCGAAGUACAGCAUUUGCCGACUAUCUUCUUUAAAAAAAGUUAUGAUAGUUGAAUAAUUAUAAUUAUUAAUCACGUGUGUUCGCGAACAUUUGGAAAACCUAAAAAUAAUUUACUCAUAGAGAUUCAGUUCAAAAAUACCUCCGUUUUUCGGCGUUUGUUAUUAUUUUUUUAGCGUUGGCUUCAAAUUAGCAAUAAUUAAACUUUUAGGCAUCGUAGGAAUUUUUAUUUUAUUUUUUUAAUUGAUCAAAAAAAUUGAGUAACGUUUAAAAUUAGAAAAAUAAAAAAAGGCGCCAACGACAUCUGCCCAUAUUAAAAUGAAUUUUGAGAUUUUCACUGCCUUCUUUUUCUAAGAAAACAAAUUUUUUGGAAAAAGUUUUACACUAAUAAAGUUUUAGUUACAAUUCAAUCCACAAGUUGAAACAAAAAUUUUUUACUUACACGCUCUCGAAACCGAGUACAAAAUUUUCAACUUUGCGCGGCCUCACGAAAAUUAGGCAACGUGUAGUCUGUGUGCCACGACUUGAAAUUUCACGGAACGACAUUCCGCUGUUCCGCUGCGCGCCUUUGCGAACCUUGGUCGCGCUUUUCAUUUUUAUUAUUUUUUUAUCAAGGUACUCUACUCUCCUGUGCUCCCACAGCAAUAACAAUCAAUUGAAAGUGUGACCUAGAUUCGAAAAACGCUUCGCGAACGCACGCAGCGGAACAGCGGAAUGUCGUUCCGCGAAAUUUCAAGUCGUGGCACACAGACUAUAGAAAUUUCAAUUUUUUUGGUCUUAAAAGAUUUGUUUUUCACUUAAAAAUCGAAUUCGAAAGUUAAAAAAAGACGCCAACGACAUGGAAAUCGGUUAAAAACUCGAAGAAAAAAGUAGUUUUGGUUUUUUGUACGAAACUACGCUGAACGCUUUAAAAACCGGGUAAAAAGUAUAUGGGAUUGAAGAGGAAGGUUUUCUCUAUGAUUCCACUAAUUUUCUCCGUUUUUGGUUCAGUAUUGCGUUUGUGCGAACAACGAACACAAAAUCUAAAAAACCAGUGCAUUUCACCAUCGCAAAAAGGGGCGUGGCUUUGCGGUCUCUAUCUAAAGCUCCUUUUUGAGUUCCUAAAAAGUUGUCUUACGUUUCUGGGAUCCCUAGUAAGCAUAAAAAUUUUUUCAGUGACACAGCAACCGUGUCAGUUAUUUAACAAUAACUGUUUUUUCCAGCUUUCAUACCACUUGGAGAAACCAUUCUGCCGGGCGAGGAUCUCGGCGACGCUGCUCUCAGAGUUCUCGGUAACGAUUCAUUUGAACGAGGAAAAACAUCCAUGGUUGAUGGUUGAAGUUCUCUUUCUCUUUUUUUUGUUUUCAUACUUUGAUGUUUUUUGAGUUUGGUUGAAUAAAAAAAUUUUUUUCAGAUAAAGAGCACCGUCAGGAAGCGAUUUUUGCUGAAAUGAGUGAAGCUUACUGCAGGCUGCACCCUGAUCAAAGGCCGAAAGAAACGGAAGCUAAAAACCCGCCCGCUCCGAAAGAAGACAAGGUCUCAAAGGAGAAGAAAUCGAAGGAAAAUAACCCGAAGAAGGCGUAG